AUGGGGAACAUCUGUUUUUCUCGAAGGAUAUGUUUAUUCCUAGACAGGUGGAUGUCACUAAGAGGAGGAGCAGAGGGGCAUUCUAGGAUGUACCUGAGAAAAGCGCAAUACCACUGGGGCUGGGAUUGGGGCCCUGCCCUGGCAUCUACAGGGCCAUAUCUACCCAUCCGUCUGGAGAUAUUUGCGGGAAGAAUAGACGACCUCAAAAUAUUGCCUAAGGUGCAUGACGAACUGGAUAAAGCGGAUAUCAAAGUCUCCGCGAAAAUAUCGGGCUCGGAGGGGAACCACGUCCUUAUAGAAGUCAAAGCACCGAGUGGCGGAGUUGUGGAAAAGAAGGUAUUCGAAGUCAAGAACGAGGAGUUCGAGGGGAGUAUUACAGUAAUUGAACCGGACCUAUGGUGGCCACAUACGCAUGGUGCACAGCCAAGGUAUGAAUUCACGGUAGAGUUAUUAAGUGGUGACAAGUCAUCCCUCCACAAAAUAACCAAACACCUCGGCCUCCGCCACCUAAAACUCCUCCAACACCCACUGAAAUCCGUGCCCGGCACAUCCUUUGCCUUCGCAAUAAACCACACCCCCGUCUUCUCGGGUGGGUCAAACUGGAUUCCGGGCGACUUCUUCCUCCCACGCUUCACACACCCGAAUUCCCAGGGCGUAGACACCAACUACCGCCGCUGGCUAACCCUCGCCAAGUCCGGUCACCAAAAUACGAUCCGAGUGUGGGGUGGUGGCAUCGUAGAAACGGACCACUUCUACAACCUCUGCGACGAACUUGGCCUUCUCGUCUGGCAGGACUUACUCUUCGCCUGCGGCAAUUACCCAGCGCACGACGAGUUCUGUGAAUUGGUUAGGGAGGAGACGAUUGUACAGGUGACGCGCAUUGUGCACCAUCCCAGUCUAGUCCUUGUCUGUGGGGAUAAUGAGGAUGUGUGGUUGGCUGGGCUGUGGGGGUGGGAUUACAAAGAGGAGGAGAAGACGGUUGAGGAGUGGAUGAGAGGGAACUUUCAGCAUAGGAAGAUUUUGGAGAGAGUUUUGCCCGAGGCAUUGGAGGUGGUCGGGAUUAGUGAGGUAGGGUUGGAGUACUGGGAGAGCAGUCCUUUCGGGGGCAAAGGGGCGAAUGCGGGGGAUGUGGGGGAUGUGCAUAUUUGGGAUGUUUGGCAUGGUCCCAUGCACCCGUACCAAUUCUACAAAGACCUUACGGGGCGGUUCGUAUCAGAAUUCGGAUUCGAAUCCCCACCAAACAUGCGCACUAUAAACCGCAUGCUUCCCAACCCCGCCACCCGUCAAUCCCAAUCCCUGCCCUUCCUAGCCCACGACAAAGGUCCAGGGGCACAACGUCGGGCAGUAAUGUACAUGGGCGAGAACUUACGCUUCAGAAUGGACCCACUGGAAGACUACGUUUUCUGCGCACAGCUAUUACAAUCCGAAGCAAUAGGCUUCGCCGUAAAUACCUGGCGUCGGGAAUUUCGCGGACCCGGAGAGGAGAAUUGCUCCGGAGCGCUGGUAUGGCAAUUGAACGACAAUUGGCCAGGGAUAUCAUGGGCGAUAGCAGAUUACUAUCUCCGCCCGAAACCUGCCUUCUUUGCUAUGAAACGUGCUCUCACACCAAUCUCAAUCUCACUAGAGCGAAUAGUGACGAAAGAAAACUUGAACAUCCUGCGCGGGUACCCUGAACAAAAAUCCAAGAUCGCGUUCUGGGCUUGUUCCUCCUUCCUGACCGAAACCACAGCUGCGCUAAGCUUUGCCGCGCACGAUAUUGCCUCCGGCGAGGUCGCACCUAUUUCUCUGUCCACCACACUGACCAGCGCCACCAUUAAACCUAACUGCACAACAGAACUAGUAACGAUUGAAGUCCCAUACCCCACUAUAACUGUAGUCUCUGCGACCAUUCGCUCUCCGACUGGAGAAGUACUAGGCCGAUGCGUUAGCUGGCCAGACCCACUGAAGUUCGUUACCUUCGCGAAGGACCCGGAAGUCCUCCUCAGAAUUAAAGACGGCAGGGAUGAAGUCCUAGUCAAAUGCGCGAAGCCGGUUAAAGGCCUCGUACUACAAGUCUCGCCCGAAGAAGGCGAGGAUGCGGAUUGGGGCGAUAAUUGUAUCGAUGUGGUCCCUGACGAGGAGGUGCGCGUUCCAGUGCGGGGGUUGGCGAGGAGGGGGGUGGAGGGGAGGUGGUUGUGUGAUUGGGAGGGGGUGAGGAGAGUGGAGGUUAUUCGGGAGUGA